AUGGCGUGGUGUGACCGUGGGUGUCAGAUACUGCUGACCAUCGUGGGCGCUUUUGCAGCCUUCAGUCUGAUGACAAUAGCUAUUGGGACCGACUACUGGCUCUAUUCUCGGGCGUACAUAUGUAACGCCACCAAUGUCACCACGGACGACAUACAACCCAAGAAAACUAGAGGCGACCUGACGCACUCCGGACUGUGGCGGAUUUGUUGUAUAGAAGGGAUCAACAAAGGAAGCUGCCUUCGGAUCAAUCACUUCCCAGAAGAUAACAACUAUGACACAGACAGCUCGGAAUACAUCUUACGUAUAGUGCGGGCCUCCAGCCUCUUCCCCAUCCUGAGCAACAUCUUGUUGUUGCUGGGAGGACUGUGUGUCGGGGCUGGGAGGAUCUACAGCAGUAAGAACAACAUCCUGCUCAGUGCCGGCAUCCUGUUUGUGGCUGCAGGUCUAAGCAACAUCAUUGGCAUCAUCGUCUACAUCUCCAGUAAUGCCGGUGACCCCAGCGACAAGAAGGACGAGGACAAUAAGGGCAGCUAUGGAUACGGCUGGUCUUUCUACUUCGGGGCUCUGUCCUUCAUCGUGGCCGAGUCUGUUGGCGUUCUCGCUGUCACCAUCUACAUCGAGAAGAACAAGGAGACGCGGUGCCGGGCGAGGCGUGAGUUCAUCAAGACCACCUCGUCCACCUCGCCCUACUCCCGUAUCCCUAGUUACCGUUACCGGCGGCGACGCUCCCGUUCCAGUUCCCGCUCCACCGACCCGUCCCGAGAGACCUCACCCGUCGGGGUUAAGAUGGGAGGAGGAGGGGGAGCAGGCAUAGGAAGUGGAGCAAGCUUUGGAAUGCCCAUGGGUGGGAUCUCCAUGUACGCCCUCAGUAGGGACACGAUGAAAAGUGGGAUAGCUGGGUACUGUAGUCCAGAGCGUGACUCAAGCUUCCUGCAGGUCCACAACUGCUUCCAGAAAGAUCUGAAGGAGGGUGUCAACAGGAGAACGACUCCCGUAUGA